AUGUUAUCCAGAAUUGCAACCAGAUCUUUCUCAUCAUCAGCUUCAAACGCUUACAAAGUUGCUGUUUUAGGUGCAGGUGGUGGUAUUGGACAGCCAUUAUCAUUAUUGUUGAAAUUGAACCACAAGGUUACCGAUUUGGCCUUGUACGAUAUUAAAGGUGCCCCAGGUGUUGCAGCAGAUGUUUCGCACGUGCCAACCAACUCCACUGUUAAGGGCUACAAUCCCGAUCAAUUGAAGGAAGCUUUGACUGGUGCUGAUGUUAUUGUUAUUCCCGCUGGUGUUCCAAGAAAACCAGGUAUGACAAGAGACGAUUUGUUCAACACUAACGCAUCAAUUGUUAGAGACUUGGCUAAAGCUGCUGCAGAAUAUGCACCAAAAGCUGCAAUUGCUGUUAUUGCUAAUCCAGUUAACUCAACAGUGCCAAUUGUUGCAGAAGUUUUCAGAUCAAAAGGAGUUUACAAUCCAAAGAAAUUGUUUGGUGUCACUACUUUAGAUGUCUUGAGAGCAGCUAGAUUCGUUUCUGAGGUUGCUGGCACUAAUCCAACUCAAGAACAUGUUCCCGUUGUUGGAGGUCACUCUGGUAUUACCAUUGUUCCAUUGUUAUCACAAACUACUCACAAAGACUUACCAAAAGACACCAAAGACUCAUUGACCCACAGAAUCCAAUUUGGAGGUGAUGAAGUUGUUAAGGCUAAGGAUGGUGCUGGAUCAGCCACUUUAUCAAUGGCACAAGCAGGUGCCAGAUUCACCGGUGCGGUAUUAAACGGUUUAGAUGGUGAAAAAGAUAUCAUUGAAUGUACAUUUGUCGACUCACCAUUGUUCAAAGAUGAAGGUGUUGAAUUCUUCAGUUCAAAAGUUACCUUGGGACCAGAAGGUGUUAAACAAGUUCAUGGAUUAGGUGAAUUGAGUGACUAUGAAGAAGAUUUGGUUAAAACUGCAAAGGAAACUUUGAUUAAGAACAUCAAAAAGGGUACUGACUUUGUUGAUCAAAAUCCAUAA